UGUUCGUAAUUGGUGCGCCCAGGCGAAUUUUGGUGUUACCGAGAAAAACGUUUGACGAAUAAUUACGCCACGAAGUUGGAUCGUGAAGAGGAUGAUGAAGGAGGAGGAUGAGGAAGACGAGUGAUUGGUCUCACUCGACGACUACAUUGAGAGAAGGAAGGGGAGGGCCUCGAUGUGACAUAAAAACUGGGGCUGAGGAGUUUGACAGUCAGUUUCGAUCAUCACGGAGGUCCCGAAGGUUCUCUUCAGAGGCUUCAGCCGACAGUCCAAAGUCUUCGGUGGAAAUUUAUUUAUUUAUUUUUCGUCGAAUUUUAUUGGGAGAAGAGAGAUGCCGGGACAAGUGGAGGAGCAGAAAGUGAAACGCGCGACAUUUGGCAUGGGUUGUUUCUGGGCAGGUGAUGCACUGUUCGGGGCAACACCUGGUGUUGUUAGAACGUGCGUUGGGUAUGCGGGGGGCAGCAAACCUUCGCCAACUUAUAAGAAUAUAGGUGAUCACACUGAGGUCAUCGACAUCGAGUACAACCCAUCAGUGAUCUCCUUAAAUCAGUUACUUAGCUUGUUUUGGAACAACCACGAGUACGGUCUCACAACGAAGAUCAAGGCCCAGUAUGCAUCGUUGAUUCUUUAUCACGGUGAGGAGCAGAAGGCGAUAGCCGAGAAGUCUCGCAUUCAUGAGCAACGAGAGCGUGGGGAACAUUUGACCACUGAUAUCAAGGCUUUUGAGAAGUUCUAUCCCGCUGAAGAUUACCACCAAAAAUAUCGUUUGAGAUCCCACCCCUGGCUCCUCGAGUCCCUCGGCCUCACCUCGGACGAGCUAAUCAUAACAUCUCCCCUAGCUGCCAAACUGAACGGUUAUGUAGCUGGUGCAGCAACCCUAGAGCAAUUCGAGAGUGACCCUUUGUGCAAGGGUCUCAAUGAGAAACAGUAUCAGUAUUUGAAGAAGUGCAUCAUCGAGACUCAAGGGGCCGGCCUUUACUGCUAGCUCCACGAGAGAAAAAAAUAAGAAGAGAAAACUGUGGACUCAACUGAUGCAAUCAUCGACAGAGUUUAAAAUGUAUAUUCAUUAUCAUUCUUUUAAAUCCAGUUUCACAUCACUCAAAAUAUUCCAGGGGAGAUUUAUAAUGUUUGAGAAAGGCUGUGAAAACAAGAAUAUUGAAAAUUUAUCAGACGCAUUCUCCCUUCCUUUGCUGAAGAUUAACGACUCUUUGGUUUAAACAAUUACUCAUUCAUUAAUACCCGUUCGUGUCAUUAUUUUUAUCGUUUUGUUAACGUUGAAGUUGUUCUUAGUCUUUAGGUGAAUUAUCUCGGAAGAAUAACAGUAAUUAGGAUUUAAUCAAGCCUGUGUAUUAUUAGGUGAAUUUUUACUCAACUUUGUGAAUAAAUUCUACAAUAAAAAUAAUGGAGCUGUUAA